AUGAUGCCGGCUUCAGACACCCCUCCUAUUCAUGUUACAAGUGAUAGACAAGUUAGAAACUUUCUCGAGAUAACCAAAACGCAUGGAGUACGGCUUUGUGUAUCAAGCCGUAGCAAGGAGGAAACGGUUUCAGAGUUCAGGGAAGAAGAUGAUGAAGCUGAUGAAGCUGGUGAAUGUUUUGAAGAUGAUGAUGAUGAUUUGGUUGAAGAUAAAAAUCAUGAUGGGGAGGAGGACGAUGGGGAGGAGGACGAUGGGGAGGAGGAUGAUGGGGAAGAGGAUACUGGUAUCUUUACUGUUGCUGAAGCGGACGAGAAUGGUGAGGAUUACAGUGUUUAUGAAAAGGUUGAAGAUGAGGAUGAGGAAUAUGAUGAUAUGUGUUUUGAAGAUAUCAAAAAGAUUGAAGGAGGAAGAUCGAAUGGUAACAGUAUCUAUGUCAACCAGAGUUUUGUUAGCAAGGAUGCACUGCUUUCAGAGCUGCGGUUGACAGCAGUAAGGUUUAAGUUCUCCUUCACAAUAUACAAGUCAACGAAAACUCUCCUUGUGACAACAUGUCCGGUUAGUGGUUGUCAAUGGAAGGUCAGAGCGAGUGUGAAACAUGGGACAAACACGUUUUGGGUAACAAAGCUUUUCAUUGAUCGUGUUGGAAUCAUUGAUGGGUUGAAUUCGCAGCAUAUCACUGAUGCUAUGAAGAACAUGUUUGGCAUGACGCUUGAUUACACCACUUCAUAUAGAGUACUUUUAUAUGCACAAACAUUAGUGAGAGGAUCAGCAGAAGAUGGGUAUUCGCGUCUGCCAUCAUAUUUCGAGCAAAUCUCCUUAGCAAAUCCCGAUUCUAUCACGGCUAUAGAACUUGAUUCUAUCAAUAGAUUUAAGUAUAUAUUUCUCGCUUUUGGAGCUUCUAUCAAAGGUUUUAAGUAUCAGAGAAGGGUCAUUGUGGUGGAUGGGACUCACCUAAGUGGGAAGUAUGGAGGUGUUAUGUUAGUUGCAGCCGCACAAGAUGGGAAUUUUCAGAUAUUUCCAUUGGCUUUUGGGAUCGUAGAUGCUGAAGAUGAACCUUCUUGGGAAUGGUUUUUCACAAAAUUGGCUAGUUGUGUAUCUGAUGAGCAGCCUCUAGUGAUAGUCUCCGACCGGCACGCGGCCAUUAAAAGUGCGUGUGAUAAGGUGUUUCCUUGGGCAACCCGAGGAAUAUGUUAUUAUUACCUUCAAGAUAACAUUGUCAAAAAGUAUAAAGGGAAGCAUCUCUUGUACUUGGUGAAAGGUGCUGCUUAUGCUCAUAUGGUUUCAGAUUUUAACCGGUACAUGGCUGAGAUACAGAGUGCAAACCCGGACCUUGCAACGUAUUUGUAG